AAAAUUGAUUUAUUUUAUGCGAUCGGUAUAAUAUUUUUUUUUAAAAAAAAACAAAUUAUAAAAGAAGAUUCACCAUAACAUUUCAUUACCUUCCUCCAAGGCAUCGUCUCCAAGCCCGAAUAUGGCCAGUUUUGAGUGCUUUCUCAUCUGCUUUGUUCUUAUCCUCCUCCCUUCUUCUUCGUCGAAGGCUUAUGCAUCUGUCGUCGAACACACUUUCCUUGUCCAAAACUUCACGGCGAAACCGUUGUGCAAAGAGCAGGUGAUACCGACAGUUAACGGAAGUCUUCCGGGUCCGACGGUAAACGUCAGAGAGGGAGACACACUUAUUGUUCAUGUCGUUAACAACUCCCCUUUUAACGUCACCAUUCACUGGCAUGGAGUGUUUCAGUUGAUGAGUGCGUGGAUGGAUGGAACAGAUAUGAUAACACAAUAUCCGAUCCGACCGGAAGAUAGGUUCACUUAUAAGUUUAACGUCACAGGACAAGAAGGUACGCUGCACUGGCACGCACAUGUCGUUAACCUACGCGCCACCCUGCACGGUGCUCUUGUCAUCCGUCCUCGAGCUGGUCGGCCUUAUCCUUUUCCCGAACCCUAUGAAGAAGCUCUCAUCAUUCUCGAACAAUGGUGGAACACCGAUAUCGAAAAUCUCCAACUAAGGCCCGCUCCUCUUUCAGAUGCCUACCUCAUCAACGGAUUAGCAGGAGAUUCAUUCGAUUGCUCGCGGAAUAAAAUGUUUAAACUAGAGGUGGUACAAGGAAAACGGUACUUGCUAAGGAUCAUAAACGCAGCACUUAACUCACAUCUAUUCUUCAAGAUAGCGAACCAUUCCUUGCGAGUCGUGGCCUUAGACGCCGUCUACACGAAUCCUUACGUUACCGACAUCGUUGUCCUAACGCCAGGACAGACCGUAGACGCACUUCUCCAUGCAGACCAAACCCUAGGCUCAUACUACAUGACCACUCAGCUUUACGUCAGCGCCACAGGCCAGCCAUUCCCCGACAAAACCCUAGCCAAUGCUCUCGUUGUCUACCAAGGUGCCACGUCAUCGUCCCGCGCCAUGCCAUCGUUGCCCGACGUGACGGAUACGCAGACAGCGUAUAGAUUCUCCUCGAGUAUCACCGGCCUUGUCAGUGGGCCCCAUUGGAGGCCGGUGCCUCGCAACGUGGACGAGAGGAUGUUUAUGACCAUGGGGUUAGGUCUUGAGCAAUGUCCACCGAGCAUGCAGUGUCCCGGACUGUACGGACAACAAUUCGCAGGCUCGCUGAACAACCGCUCGUUCGAAAAUCCCAAGACAUUUCCCAUGCAAGAGGCUUAUUUCUACAACAUAUCCGGAGUGUACUCCGACGAUUUUCCCAAUCAACCGCCGAUAAAAUUCGAUUACACGAAUUUUAACGUUAGUACGGAUUACGAGUACCGGAUGUUGUUUCCCGAGAGAUUAACGAGCGCGAAGAUCUUAAAAUUCAAUUCGACGGUCGAGAUCGUUCUGCAAAACACGGCGAUGAUCACAGCGGAAAGUCACCCGAUGCACCUUCACGGGUUCAAUUUCCAUGUGUUGGGUCAAGGGUUCGGCAACUAUGAACCGAGCCGAGACGUGGGAAAGCUGAACUUGGUUAACCCGCAGAUGCGUAACACCAUCGGUGUGCCGCCCGGUGGAUGGGUUGUCCUCAGAUUCGUGGCCAAUAACCCGGGUGUGUGGAUGUUCCAUUGUCACAUGGAUGCACAUUUGCCGUACGGAAUAAUUAUGGCUUUCAUCGUCCAAAACGGACCACAUCCGGCGACCAGCUUGCCGCCGCCGCCGUUGGAUCAUCUCGAAUGUUGUCGGGACGCCGAAAUCUAUAACCAUCCUACGUACGACCAAUAUUAAUUCCUCCUCCUAGAUAGAAAGAGCAGAUAAAAAAAUAACAUUUGUGAAUAUUCUCCUUCCCCUAACACCUGUGAUUCAACCGGUUCUCUGGAAGGUUUUAAUGCUGCAGUUAGGGUUGGGAAGCUUCUAUCGGUUAUUAAAUUGUCUCUAUGGGUUGAAGACCAUUGCAGAUUGGUUUGGUUUCUGCAAUCUAUCGAACCUCAUCGACUGUGA